AUGUUGUAUACCAAUUUAAAAUUCUUACUUAUUUUGGGUGAGGUUUUAUUAAGUUUACUGUUGGUUAAGAUAACACAAGCUUCAUUUGUUCAUAAUAAUACUGAAGUUAUAUCAAAUAAUCAUACAUCAUGGUUUAAUUUACCAAUGUCAAAUGAAUUUUUGAACUAUGAAAUUAACUCUAUGGAUUUGAACUCUGAACUCAAUGAUAUUUCUAAGAUAAUAAGACUGGCACCAUCUACAAACUUAAAAGAUUCUAACUGGAUUCCAUUUAAUAUAGAAGACUUUAUUUCUAUCUUUAAAUCAAAACUUCAAAGUACUAAAGCAGAAAAUAAUUCAACUAUACAAAAUAAAUAUAAUGCCAUUGUAACAUAUUUAGAAUCUAUAAACCCUCUACACAAUAAGGUAAAAAGUGAUACAAUAAACUCAGAUAAAAAAAGUCAAUGGAAUGAAUAUUUUAAUUUUCCUAUGGGUAUUUUUAAUAAAACUAAUAAGAACAAAAAUCAAAAUAUGCCAAUAACUGAAAACAUAAGUAUUACAAAGACAAAUAAUCAAAAUUUAAAUAAAGCAAAAAUAAAAAAUGAACAAAAUGCAGAUCUAUUAGAGAAAAAAAAUAAAAUAGAUAUUUGCAAUAUUUCUAUAGUUACUACAUAUAAAGAUUGUAUUGAGGAGUGUAAAAGGAAAUUGAAGAAAUCUCAAAGAGAUACAGGAGGAAUUACUCCACUGCAUAUUUCAGAGCUCAAUACUUGCUUUCAAGGCUGUAAAUAUAAUGUUGAACAUUCAGUAGAUUGUGAGCUAUCAGCUGAGACUAUUAAAUUAAUAAAUGAAGAAAUUCAACUUCCUGUUCCAACAAUACGUCGUAAUAUUAAAAAAGAAAAGAAUAAGCAUGGAAUAUUAUAUAGAUAUAUAUUUGGGCCACUUAUAAGAUUGUGUAUUUCCAUAUUAUUUUGUUUAGUAGGAAUAAUUGGUAUACUGUAUUAUUUCAGACAAUACAAGCUAUAUCCACGAUUUGCAGAUACAAUUACAAGAAUAAUUGAGUCAUAUUACACUGAAGAGGAAAAAAGAAGAGCUAUUUUCGAAGGGAAUAAUUUCCCUCAAAAACCAAGUGUAGAUUGGAAAAGAUCUCUUAUUUAUAUUAUACGUUUAAAUUUUUUACCAAAUUUUUUUGCUACUAAUUUAUCUUGGUUAGUUCCCCAGAGAAGAGAUAUCAAUCAACCCAUUGACUCAUCUAAUUAUAUACAGAUGAGCUGA